UCAACAUUUUUUUUUACUGGCUUCAGCUCGCCGUUGAUGGCGCUAUUUCAUUUGUGAUGGAGACCGAUGUUAUUGCUGAUGCAGCAAAACUGGUUCACCUAAACUUCAAGGGUAAAAAGGGACAUUUUCAGCAGCUUUGUUCAUUUUUCAGCAUGGCAGCACACUUACUGGCUAUUGGUUUCAUCUCCUACAUGAUUUACCUGGCUUGGCCUUUCUCAAGUCUAUUUUCAUGGCACCCAGUACUCAUGUCCAUUGCGUUUGCUUUCCUGAUGACAGAAGCCAUCCUUUUCUUCUCCCCGGACAGCAACCUUGUCCCUAAAGCCGUCCGCAAAACCAAAGUCACCUACCACUGGAUCACCAAUACGACGGCCGUCCUGUGCGCCAUAGCGGGCCUCGUAAUAAUCGUCCUCAAUAAAGAAAUGAACGGCUACCCGCACUUGAAGAGCUGGCAUGGGAUAUUGGGCGUUAGCACCGUGGCGUACGCCUGCAUCCAAGCCUGCGCCGGAACGACCCUCCUCUACCCUGCGUUGACAGCUAAGAUGUUUAAACUGGCCGAUCUGAAGCUAUACCAUGCCACCUCAGGCUUGGUGCUGUUCACUCUAGCCUGUGUGACUCUAGUCUUGGGCCUUUGCACCAGCUGGUUCACCAGCAACGCUCAUGAAACAGCCUGGUAUAUCUGUAUCGGAAUCGUGGCCUGGAUUUCUCUAGUCAUCAUGAACCAGGUUACCCAGGCGUACUUACCGAAGUCUCUUAAGAAAGCCUCACAGCAGUAUUGAUGUUGAACGACGACCAUCAACAAAG